CUCGUGGAAGCCUUCUUAAGCAGUUCGGUUCCUCAGUCCUCAUUGCGCUGUGGCUGCCUGCCGAGGGAGGAUGAGGGCGCUGGUGCUCGUGGUCAUAAGCCUCCUCUUUCAAUGGGAGUGUGCAGGUGUGCAGCGGAUGUUUGGAGACAAGGCUGCCCGCGAGGGUUCCCCGGACGGCAGGGCUCACAUUGGUCCUGACGGCGCCCCGGGUCCUGUUGGGCCUCCCGUCACUCUAGCACCAGCCCCACAACCACAUGAGUGCCAGGGGCCGUUCCCUCACCACCUCCCUGACCCGACCGACGACCACUGCCGCGGCUUUUACCAGUGUCGCGAUGGCGUGGCCGUCCUCCGCCGCUGCCCUGACGAGAUGCUCUACGAUAUCAGCACCGCCGCCGCCCACUACCCUUGCGACUACCCCGAGAACGUCUCCUGCGGCAGUACCAUUCCUCUAUCCCCGCCUCGCAGUAAGAAGGACAGCGAGAGGGACAAGCCAUCGAAGGUGUUCAAUUUUUAUACGUACGUGACAAACCAUUGGUAGGCUCGCCACGACACUGCCGCCGCCGAGGCUCUCCUGUGUGGCGGUGUUGGUAAGACUGUUGCGUCUGCUGGUCAUAUGGGUUUCGUCUGCUGUGCUGCUGCAUUUCAAUAGAGGAGUUAAUAAAAGGGUCAGGAAAAUGUUAUGUGCUUAUUGUUAAAAAAGAUAUAUUCAUGCUGGCAGGAUGCAAAUAGGAUGUUGAUGUUUAUACUACUACUACUACUACUACUACUACUACUACUAAUAAUAAUAAUAAUAAUAAUAAUAAUAAUAACAAUAAUAACGAUAAUAAUAAUAAUGGUAAUGAUGAUAAUUUUAAUAAGGAAGAACAAACA